AUAUCUACACAAAAUACAAAAUUAUUAUUAAUUACAAAAAAAAAAAAAGAAAAAACAAUUCUUCCUCCUACCGGGAUAGGAUAUUAUCCGAAAGAAGAACGAUGUUGCGUUUUAAGAGGAUAAAUCUUUCAUCAAUGUGUUAUCUAAAGGAGGAUUGAUAUUGAAGAAUCUGAACUGGUUUUUUUGUUUUUUGUUUUUUUUUUUUGAAUAACUCGGGCAAAUUUUACGUUGGCAAAGAAGAUAUAAAAACAAACAUUGCAAUUUUAUGAUUAAGAGUGUAACUUAGUGUCAAUUAUAAUAAAGGGAUAAGUGUGCAUAUGGGGGAAUGUAGAGGACGGUUAUAUUAGAAAGACAGUGACCUUGGUAAUCGACGAUAGUAAAAAAGAGAUAGAGAAAGAGAGAGAGAAAGUGAAAAAAAAAAAAAGAUAAAAUGAUUUACAAUCAGCAAAUCUUCUUUUGGAGGAUGAUACUUCUUUGUUUGUUUGUUCUCAUUCAAAUUGUACAAGGAGAAAUUAUUAAAGAUCCGACAUUAUGUAGUCGCACGAGAUGCAAGGUACCAUACGAACGGAAAUUUAAGUAUCAAGAAGGUGUCUCGUAUCAGUAUCAAUAUUCAGUUGAUGUAAGCACGAAUCUCGGUAAAGCUGGAACAUUACCAUCGAACGGAAUAGAAUCAAAAAAUGAAACAAAAUUAAACAUAGAUGCAUCGUUGAUCGUUUAUUUCACGUCACCAUGCGAGGGUGUAUUGAAAUUUCAAAAUGUUAGCUUAAGUCACGAUCGUAAUCGUUAUAAUGCCGAAUUUCCUGAUCGUGCUGGGGCAGAUUUCAAGGCCAGCUUGGAACGUUAUACAUUGAGAUUUGCUUUUGAUGAUGGUAGAAUAAACGAGGUCUGCCCGGACCGUCGUGAAACGGUUUGGGCAUUGAACUUGAAACGCGGUGUCCUUUCAAUGCUACAAAAUACUAUGAAAAGAUUCGACGUUGAUCAUCGCGUUGACGAACUCGAUGUUAAUGGCAUAUGUGAGACCAAUUACCGAUUAUAUGAAGCAAGAAAGACUCAAUUGAUUAUCAAAAGAACGAAGAACUUAGCCGACUGUCAAUUCAGUUCAAAACAUCUUUCAGUAAUGCAAUCUAACUAUUAUAAAAAUACCCGAUCAACUACGAAAACAUCUAAACGAUCUUUAUUGAAAUCUUCUACCGAAUGUGAAAUAACGAUCGAUCAUAACGUAUACGAUAGGGUUGUUUGUAAAGAUACUCAUCAACUUCGACCGUUAUCAAACGAUAACUCUGCAAGUGCUAGAACCGAAAGUAUCGCUAUACUUCAACUCGUAGAAGAAAGCAAAGAAGAAUUUUACGAGGAUGAAGAAUCGGAAGAAGGCGAUAAUGAAAAUACUAGCAAGGAUAUUGCUAUUAGAACAAAUUUACUUUACGAUCAUGAGAAGGUAUCUAAAACGAUACACGGAGAAUUAAGAACUUCUCGAGAUUUGUUAAAAAUUUUAUGUAGAAAUGGCGCUAAUUCUGAUGAAAUUCAACAUAGAUUUUCCGAAACGUUUAUAGCGUUCGUCCAAUCAGCUCGUCUUCUUGAUUAUCCUUAUUUAUCACAAUUGUUCGCUAGAGCAAAUAGUAUAUGUAAAACUGGCAAAAAACAAAUAGUCGAUGCAUUACCAUAUAUGGGAAGCAAUGCUGCAGUUAACGUUAUGAAGGAUUUAAUAAUAAAAAAAUAUGUCAAUGAAGAAACCACAGCUAAUUGGAUCACGAUAUUUGGUUUAAUACCAAGACCAAAUUAUGGAACUGUACGAGCACUUGCACCACUCUUAGAUUUUCAACAUCAAAUGCCUAACACACAAUUUAUCUUAAGUUAUUCAUCCGUUAUUCAUACGUUUUGUAAAUCAACUAAUAUAGAUUGUACUCAUCUAGAAGAUAUUACCAAAUUUAUGUCUUAUCUCAAACAAAAAAUCAAUAAGGGUUGUGCUCUUCGUUAUCAUCCGUUAGCAGAAGUUAAAGAAACAUUGGAAGCUUUGAAAGCUAUUGAAAAUAUGGGAUUGGAAACUGACGAUUUGUCGGACAAAUUAAAAGUUUGUAUAGACAAUGCAGGUGGUUUUGUAACGAUGGAAGUACGUGUUGCAGCAAUAAAUGCACAUCGUAGAUUACCUUCCUGUGAAUUAACUCGGGAUCGUUACUUAUUAAAUUAUUAUCGUAAUUUUACACUUGAUUCUGAAUUACGUAUAGCAUCGUAUUUACAAAUAAUGCGUUGUCCUGAUUACAACGUCAUAAAGACGAUCAAACAUACUCUUAAAGUUGAAGAAGUUAAUCAAGUUGGAUCCUUCGUAUGGAGUCAUUUAACAAAUCUUUAUAGUUCAUCGUCACCAACUCGAAUUGAAAUACAAAGUCUUUUAACCGACAGAGAUUUUGGUAAUAAAUUUAACAGCGACAUUAGAAAAUUUUCACGUAAUUACGAAGGUUCAUUCUUUUCCGAGGAAUAUAAUUUUGGUGCAAAUCAUCAAAGUAAUUUAAUAUUUUCACCAAAAUCGUAUAUACCACGUACCGCAAGUUUCAACAUGACCAUAGAUUUAUUAGGCGAGUCUGUUAAUUUAUUCGAAGUUUCGAUGAGAAUGGAGGGUCUUGAAUAUUACGCAGAAAAUUUGUUUGGCCCGGACGGACCUUACAGCAAUGAAAAAGUAUCUAAUCAUUUUAAAAAUUUGAUAAGGAAUUUUAGGUCCGUGCCGGAAAGGGAGGAUCAAUGGUCGCAAGUUAAAAGAUUACCUAAUAUCAUUGAUAAUAAUUUCAACGAUCCCAAAAUCAGUUUUGGGUAUAAGAUUUUUGGAAAUGAAUUAAAAUAUACGAUGUUAAAUGGUGACAAAGAAAUCAAAGAUGCUUUAGCUAGUUUAAAUCCAUGGGAAAAAGUAAGAAAGAUUUUAUCAGGCCAAGAAAUAUAUUACGAUAACACAGUGAUGUUCCUUGAUUCUACAUAUGUAGUACCAACAACGUCUGGUUUACCCAUACGUUUAGAUCUUGCUGGUUCGGCAGCUUGUAAAUUUAAAUUGGCUGGCUUUUUAAACAUCAGUCGUACGACGAAUACCAAAUUAGAACUUAUAGGUAAUUUUACUCCCAGCGUAAGCGUCGACAUCGUGGGCACUAUGAUGGUAGAUGCAUUUUAUAAAAAUGCUGGAAUUAAAUUACGUACGAAUAUUUAUUCGUCCGGUGCCGUACAAAUGCAUUUUAAUUUAGACGGAAUGCGUUUGGUACAAUUGAAUCUUGGUUUACCAAACAAUAAAAUAGAAAUUUUCUCAAUCAUUACCCACGUGUUCUGGGUAGAAACUAAUGGAGCAGAAAGUGAAGAAACACAAUUAGGUAUUUUAAAAACCGAUAGACAAUCAGCUUCAUCGAAAGAAUUAAUGUUACCUGAAAGAGUUAUUAGCAAUACUACGUGCACUUGGCAAACACUUGAUCGACUUAUCGGUCUGAAAAUGUGUGUUGAUUAUCAAUUUCCUAAUGUAACGAAUGAUCCUAAUGCACCAUAUUUCCUUUUGAAUGGACCAACCCUUUUUAAAGUUUCGGUAAUCAAAGCUGAUCCCACUGCUAAAAGUUAUUUGUUAGAAUACAAAUGGGUACGAACGGAGAAACAAAGCGUAUUCAAAAUGGCAUUUGAUACACCUGAAUCACAUAUGAAAAGAGAAUUGAGUGCUACUGUAUCGUUCGAUUUAAAAAAUCAUAAUGUAACUGUUGUAUUACACUCGGUUGGAAAUUCUUUAAUUGCAAAAGGUACGUAUAAGAGAACGGAAAAUGAAACAUUUAUAGAAAUAGGUUUCGAUGUAAAUGGAACUAAACAUUUGGAUGCUAGCAUUGGAUAUACAACACAAAAAUUCACUUAUGGUUACAUCUAUAAUCCUAAAUUCUAUUUGGAUAUCAAUAGUGAACGAGUAGCAGCUGUAUCAGGUGAAAUAAGAAACACACAGAAAAAUAAUUUGUCUCAAUGUGAAAUCGAAUUAAUAUUCCAAACGAAAAAAGUUUGGAGCAAAUUGGUUGGGUAUAUUGUUAAGAGAAACGUUAGUUUAGAUGGUGAUUUUCAAUUGAAUUAUCAACUUCAAAAAAUGCCAAAGAAAGAGACGUUGCAUUUAGAAAUUAUGUUGUCCAAUCGAUCCACGAAAACUUUGGCACACAAAUCGGCUAAUUUGAAAUUACAUUCUACCGCAUAUCCACAAUUGAAUACGGUGAUAACAGCGUGGUAUCAACAAGCCUUAGGACAUUUAGAAUUACAUGCUGAAGUUAAUUCAAGUCCACAUCUUCAAGAUGAAAGACAUAAACUUGUUGCACAACUCAUAAUAUCUUAUUCAAGAAUGUAUUUUCAAAAUCAAGGAACUAAAGUCAGUGCAUUAAUUGCUAUUACAAAACCAAUACAACAUCUUGAUAUUAAAGUAGGAGUAAAUCAUUACUCAUCUGGUAUAGAAUCUAAGACUAGUUUUCUUAUUGGAUAUGCACCAGAGAAAGAAAUUACUUUGAUGGUGAGAACAAAAAUGCCACGUGGUUUGUUGUUUGCAAUAGAAGGUAGAGUUAUUCUGACGAUUCCUAAUUUCAAUUCAACUGUUAUCAACGUUCGAAUAACAGAAAGAUCAAAACGAGAAUAUGAAUUGGAUUUCUCUGGAACUUGGUUUUCCGGUCAUUUUCUAACUGCACUUGGAAUGUAUAUAGAUAGAUCAAGCCCAGCAUCGAUAAGUCAUAAUUUAAAACUUAUAUUAAAAUCAUCAAGUUUUGCCAAUGAUAUUAUUAUUAAUUCUAAACUGUAUCAGAAUACAAAUGAUCUGGAAAUUAGUAUUUAUGUGGAACAACAAGAUAUGGAUAAAUAUGCAUUUAUUUUGAAUCAUACGGUGUUAUCGAUCAGACAAUUCACAACUUACAUCGAAGGUAGAUAUAAAAGUAACGUGUAUUCAAUUUUGAAUAAUGUUGAUACAGAAAAAGAGAUCAAAGUAGAAAUUCAUCUUGACAAAUGGCGAGAUGUACAUUUAACAUUAACCGGUAUCAAUGAAGAGGAUAAAAAAGAAUAUAGUAUCGAAUUAAAAUGGGAUGCCAACAGAGAUCCUGCAUCAAAAUUCACAUCGGGUUUGUUAUUGGAUAAAUAUUAUGAACCAUCAUCAUCGCUCGAUAAUUUACCCGAACAAAAAUUAGAAGCCAAAGUAUAUUUGAGUUAUCCUGGUAGAUCAAUUAACAGUUAUUGUUCGUUAAUUAUAAAAGAUUCAUAUAAUUAUAAAAUAAAUGGAAUAAUUCAAUGGAAUCCAGACAAAACGAUUUUGCUAGACAUAGAUUUUGAUUAUUUCACUCAGAAAGGGGUAAAAUCAUUUAAAUUUAAAUCCCAAUUAUCAAGUCCUUUUGAUCAAUGGAAGAAAACCGCGUUGGAAGCUAAUUAUUUUCAAAUACAGAAAAAAGUAGUAACAAGCGGUAGUGUUCAUUGGAAUGAUACUCAAUACAUUAUGGGAAAUUUUGAAUUAUACGAAAGAGAAAUUCACACUGAUGCAACCGAAUGGUUAUGCAAUUUCGGCUUAAGUAGUACGAUUCAUCCUUUCAAUUGGUUAACGGCUAACAUUACGCACCUGAUUUUGUCUUCAAACCAAAUGCGUGAUCUAAUAAUAAUAAAAUACCAUCCGCAGAAAAAAAUUGAUAUAAUAAGUGAUUGGAUCUUGGAUGCAAAAUCCUGGAACUCAUUUGAUUUGACUGGAUCAAUACUCGUUAAUUCACCCUUGAUUAAUUAUAAUAGAUGCGAAAUAAAAUCUCAAUUACAUGUAAAGCCCAAUCGUACCUUAUCAGGUUUAAUUACUAUGGAUUUUGAUCAACGAAAUUACGCUGGAUCAUUGACCGGAGAUUUUCAUCGACUAAAAGAAUCAUAUUUGAAAUUUCUUUUAACAACACCGAUAGAAAAAUAUUCUAAAAUUACUGCGAACUUUGGUUUGUCAGAAAGUCAGAGACACGUAGUUGCUGAAAUCAGUAUUCCAAAUGGUACUUUGGGUUUUGAAGCUAUCUGUCAAUUAUUUACAUCAUCUUACGAUUUCAACGUACUGUUAUCAAUUAAUACACCAAUAGAUAUUCUUCAAAGAUCGUUAUUUGUUGCUAAACUUAACAAAGAAGAAGCUGAUUUUAGAGUUGCAUAUAACAAUAUGACAGCUGGAUUUAUGGGUGCUUGGUGUUACAAAAAUAUUACUGACUUUAAUUAUUCGUAUAAAUUGUUCACACCAUUAUACGGUCUUCAGGAAAGUGGUGUUACUGCUAAAUUGAAACUACUUUAUCCAGAAUUAAAUGAAACUCAACAAACAAGUUUUCUAUUGGAUACAGAAUUCUCAAUUAAUUUAGCAGAAGUUAAACUUGGAUUAUUUGCUAAUGUUAGACCUAAACAAUCUCCGUAUGAUAUUUCUACCAAAAUGGACACUAAAAUCAAUUCAAAUAGUGAUGAAGAUGAUGAAUAUGAAGAAGAUAUACAACCUUAUCAAGGCCAAUUUACAGUAUGGCCAGUUAUAGUGGAGCCUGUAAAAUUACAAAUAGACUUUGAUCUAUAUGGUAGAGAUAUAUAUUCAGUGCAGGGUUUUUUGAUCAUUCCACCGGGACAGAUUACCUUCAAAGAUAUAUUCAUCUUAGACGAUAUGUUUUAUUUUAAAAAUGAUCUACAUAUAAAAACUCCUUUUAAUGCAGCUCCAGAAAUCUUCUCGACGUAUAUUCUUAGAGUAAACAUGGAAACAUCAGUGCAUUUAAUGUUGAUGAACUUUAAUAUUCAUUAUAAUAAAACAUCAUCGAUAACGAACGAAAUAAUGGUAAAUUAUACAUAUAACGAAGAUGAAUAUGAUUGGAAGUCGCAUAUGUUAAAGUGUAAUAUAGAGACAGGAUUAGAAUUCUUUAAAAAGAUGGAUAUAAAAGCAACAGUUAAUACAAAUAUAAAUUCGUACAAAUCUACUAUUAAUCUUCGUACAGAAAAUAGUGUCAUUGAUUUCUUAGGAUAUUUUGAGGCAAAAGAUUUAUUUUUGGAUACAUCGUUCAUCCUUCGUGUUGUUAGUCCAGCAUUGGUAAUACCAAAAACUAAAAUAAUACUUAAGAAAAAUUUCAUAAACAAAGAAAAACAAUUUGAAUUUAGUACUGAGAUAGAUGAACCUAUAGGAAGAUCAUCAAAGGUGAUAGCAAUUUGGCAAGUGGAAGAUAAAAAUUACAAAAAAGUAUUCGUAUUGUUAGAAACUUGGAUCGAAUUGUUAAAAACAUUGAAAUUCGAUGCAUUGUACAUUAAUGAAAAAGAUGUAUUACAGAUGAAUGUUACUUUGACGCACAAUAUCAAUCAAGAAUAUCAAUUUAUUAGUAGUUACAAUGACGAUAUUGUCAAAAGUGAUAUAUACACACCUUUAAUUUCUCAAAAACAUUUACAUUUUGAUGGUCAUGUGUCAAAAGUAAACAAUAGUUUAUACAUCUUAGAAGGAAAAUUGACAAAUCUUGAAGAUUCCAAAGUAUACAACGUUUUGAUGAAUACGUUCGUGGAAAGGGAUACAUUGACAGGCUUUAAUCUAAAUUUACGACCACAAGAAAAUACCACUGGCAUUAAUGAUAUUAAUUUAAUAUUAACAUGUAAAACGUACGAAUUGCAAUUUAUUGCCAAUGGUAGAUAUUUCAAUGCUUCAAUAGGUAUGAAUUUAAUUAACACAUUGAAUUGGGAUAUUAGAGCACAUGGUUAUGAUAAAAUAAAUAAUACUAAAUACGAAUUGACAACAUUCAUGAACGUACAAGUUAAUGGUAAUACGACAUUAUACGUACAUGGUUCUACACCAUUGAAAGAAAUAGAAAGUUUGACGUUAGAUGGAAAUAUAUUUUUGACAAAUAACAGUGGUGACGUUAAAAUUAAUCAUCAUUUAAACGACGAUCAUUAUUAUGCUGCAUUGCAAUGGAAAUUAUUAUAUAUGUUAGAUAUGUUUGGAAAAGUCAUAGCUGGAUAUGAAAUCAAUGGUCACGAUACCAAAGACUUAAAUGCAAAAAUAUUCUUCAAAAAUCCCGACAAAUCAUUUCGCAAUUUCGAUAUUGGAUUUGACGUUGACAUCGAUCACGAUAAAUGGAAAUUUGGUAGCAAUGCUAGCAUUGGUUUUCGUAAUCAUGAAAAUAUUGAUGCAGUAUUCGCUUUAAGAUUUCCACCACCGAAUAAUGACGAUCAUCGUUUCUUGUUCAGUUAUCAUGCUAAUAAAGGUAUUCAAGAUAUGUCCUACGUAAUAGGAUACAAUACUGUUCGUGGCAAGACCAAUUAUGCAUCUGACGGUUCGAUACGAGUGGCAGCUCAAGACAUUGAUGGACAUUUACGUUUAACAUGGGGAAUGUUACCUAAUCAAACAGCUAACAAUUUGUUCAAUAUUACAUUCGAAAAGAAAGAAAUUGAAUUGAAAUAUUCUCUCUUUACACCGAAAUAUUUACAAGAAGAAACCCUUGUACUUUUGUUUAAUUACGAUGGCAAUUCGGAUCGAUAUAAUUUAAUCGACGUUAAUUUGUUUUUACCUGCGAGAAAGCGUGUUGGUACGGCAAAAAUAUCUUUUGAAAGUUUGACGAAUGUCAAUGGUACUAUCAAUGCCACCACACCGAUACCAAAUCUUUCCUACGUUGGUUGCAACUUCGUCGUUCUUACGACUUUAAAACAAAAUAAGAGAUAUAUCGAAUUUUUCUGGCCAAAUAAUACUGCUAUUUUGAAUUCAGAUUAUACUUAUCAAAGUGUUAAACUUGAUUCAACUUUGGAUGGAAUCUUUCAAUUAGAAAUUCCUUUGACUACACGUCAUGCUGUUCAUUUGACUUAUGGUUACAAGAAACGUCCUCAGAUUACAAAUGGAUAUUCCACGUUGAUGUACAAUCAACAAAAAAUAAUCCACGCGGAUUAUAAUUCAAAGAGUCAAUCUAGAGCAGGAUUUGAAAAGGAUAAUAUUCAGAUAAAUAUAGAGAAUACAUUUAAACCGAUAGGUAUUAUUUAUGUAAAUCAAUACGAAUAUAGUGGAGGAAAUGAAGGAACAAAUUAUCCAACUGUCGAGAUCAAACAUGUUAACGUUUAUCAAUUAAACAACGUUUCGGCAUUUAAUAUUUCCGGUGAAUCUAGAAUUAAAACUACUCACACUGGUCAGGAUAUACAUUUAAAAGCCAUGCACUUGAAUCAUACGAUUCAAUUAAUGACCAAUUAUAAGAUUUUAUCGGGAGAAUUCGAUCAAUACACUUGGUUAAGUUUAGCCAAGGAUGCCUGGAUAUCGUAUCACGUCAACAUUUUAAAUAAAACUACCGAAGAAAUGGACAAUCAAUUUAUAAUUCUAGAUUUGGCAUAUCCCCGUAGAAAUUUUACGUUAGACGGCUCUUACAAAAUUACCAGCGAUGAGAUCAAUUCCGAAGCUAAAUUAGAAUGGGAUCGAGAUAAGGAACGAACACGUACGAUAGGUGUUGCUUUUGAUUGGAGAAAUAUCACAUCUAACAAAAUGCUUUCACAUCAAGAAACUGUUUUAAGAUUUAGACAUCCUAGUUUUGCCAAAGAUGUAACUUUCAAGGGUGAACUUUCGAAAAAAGAUAUUAGAGAUUUAUUGAAUCUAGCAUUUGUCGUAGAUUAUUCUUUAAAUCCGGAUAAAUUAUUGGAAUUUGCUGUAAUGGUAAAAGAUGAGAGUGAAUUACCAAACGAUAGAAAAUACGUUUAUAGUAUAUCAGGGAAACAUCCAAAGACUGAAUUAGAUCUCAAUGUAGAAGGUUUCUUUUACAAACACAAAUACGUUUACGUUGAAACGGAAAAUCAUGGUAAAUAUAAACGUAGUUUUCUACCGGAAGAAACAGGACAAUUAAGUGGUCGUCUUAACAUCGAACAAAACGAAGUACUAUUUCGUCGUGAAAAUAACGAUGAUGUUAAAUAUUUCCAAGUUAGAUAUUAUCCUAAGUAUCCGGAAUAUAUUAUCAAUGGUAGUAUCAUAAAUACACCUGAUCUCAAUGCUACAGGAUUUUUCUUCCUUGAUCCAGAAGAUAAAUUUACUUGGAUGAUGGUCAAUUAUACACCUGAUGCUGUACAAAGUUUAAGAAUGUAUGGAAAAAUACCGGAUGCUAGAAAUGCUGUUUUUGAUAUAUGGAGAACUUACGAUGACGAUUUCAAUGUGUACGAUGUUACCUUUUAUUUGAAAUUAAAUCAUUCGAGGCUACUUACUUCAACUUUAAAAUGGAGGCCCGAACUUAAAAGUGAUAUUACGAACACUAUAAAAACUACAUUCUCAGAAAUGUACGAAAAUAUUUAUAAAGAUAUCGAUUAUUGGAAACAAUACAUUAAAAGUGAAAGUAUAAGUGUUGUUAAUCAAGUUUGGGAAGAUUCUCAAGAAGAACUUCAAGAAUUUCUUGACGAUUGGAACAAUUUGAAACAACUCGAGACGGAUUUCGAAGAUUUGAAAGUAUACCUCAACGAAUCGUACAAUACUAAUGAAUUUUAUAUAAAAGAUAUCGUUACUUUUGCUGGAUAUAUCAUUGACGAAUUAUCAUUACGCAGUCAAUUAAAAUCAUUGCCAAAUAUUUUUAAUGAAAUUUGGGAAAUAAUGGGUGAAUCUGGCGAAGCUAUUAGAAAUUCUUUACUAUGGAUUAUUGAAACAAUGAAAAAAGCAUAUAACAAAAUUAUCGAAAUAAUUGGUACCAUACUUAGAGGUGAUUCAUUUGCACGAGUGGCAGAUAUUGUUGAAAAAUUAAUCGAAAAAUAUGACAUGAUUAUAAAAGAUAUUCACGUGUCGUUCAUAAGAUACGUUGAAAAUCUAUGGGAUAAUAUAUCGAGGACGAUUUCUCAACAGUGGUACAAAUUCUUGAAAAAUGUAGAACCGUUAUUCAUUCAGUUAUUGCAUUAUCUUGAAACUAUGGUCUGGAAAGUUAGCAAAGAGGUCGUUGACUUUCUUUACAAUCGCAAAAACGAGAUCAUUUCAUCGCCAUAUUUCGAUAGAUUUUCUAACUUAACACAAGACAUUGAUAAAUUUUACAAAGAUAUCAAAGGAAAUGAUAUAAUUACUAACAUAGAAAAAUAUUCCGGUUUGGUGAUACAAUUUUUAAAAGAACGUUAUUUCGCUUUUGUACCUUUUGGUAAAGAAUUGAAGGACGUUAUCGAUGAAAUUAUAGUUGAAUUAAAAGAAUUGAAAAAAUUACCAUCAGUUCAUUAUGCAUUAGAUAAAAUGCAACAAGUAUACGAUAAAGUUAAUUACUUUUACAAUUAUUUUGAAAUUCGAGUUAAAAUAGAAAAUGUUAUUAGAUUUGCUCAUGCCAAGUUGAUCGAUAUAAGCCAAUCAGCUUUACAAGCUGAAAGUCGUUACAGGGAAGCCAAGACAAAGUUUAUCUUUGAUCCGAAUCAAGGGUUAAUGUGUCUCGAACAAAAACUUCCUAUGUCUUGGCAUGCUUUCAAUCAAACACCUGAAUUCCAUGAGAUUUCAGAAUACAGAAUGAUCACUGAUAUGGGAUCUUAUUUUGUAACAUCUAAUACUACAUUCUGGAGUCUUUAUUAUCACUAUAAACCAUAUACCGAACCUUCGAAUUGGUUACCACCGUUUAAAGCACAAGCAAUGAUAAUCGGAUCGCGACACUUCAAGACCUUCGAUGGAUUACAUUUUGAUCUAUUUGGUUCUUGCACUUAUCUACUUGCUCAUGAUUUCGUUAAAAAUACCUUUGCCAUUCUUAUUAAAUACAAUCAAGAAUCCGACAAACUGACUCAUAGUAUCAUCGUAUUGAUUGGCAAAAAUGAAAUAGAGAUCGAUAUUUUCAACAAUGUGGUAAGAUUGAAUUCAAAUGCAUCGUUGGAGUCAAAGAGUAAUCUUCCUCUUCCGAUAGAAUUAGACAAUGGUACGACGUAUGUGUAUCAACAAGAAAACAUAGUAACGAUUGAACGUAAAAAAGAUCAAUUACGAUUAGAAUGUAAUCUUAAAUUUGACUUGUGUACGUUGGAAUUAUCUGGAUGGUAUUACGGAAAAACAGCAGGUCUUCUUGGUACGAUGAAUAAUGAAAAGAUAGACGAUUCAAUUAUGUCAUCAGGUAUAAUAACUAAAGAUAUAAAUCGUUUUGCACAAAGUUGGUCUACUGAAAAUAGUUGCAAGAAAAAAGUAUAUUCUCCGAAAAAGAAUGAAGAUACAAACGAACGUGUAACAUCAUUUUGUAAAGAAAUUUUUGUCAAUCAAACUUCGGAAUUUAGUUCGUGUUUUGCUAUUCUCGAUCCGAAAGAAUACGCUAUAAUGUGUUUGAGUAGUACUACACAAUCCGAGGCAUGUACAAUUGUCAUAGCGUAUAUGCAAGUAUGCGUUUUUCACAACACGUAUUUGAGAAUUCCCGAUAGAUGUACGACUUGUACUAUGAUAAACAAUACUCAAAUAGCCGAAGGUGAAUUUAAAAAAUUAGAAGGAGAUACUGUACCAAAAUCAACGGACAUAGUUUUUAUUGUAGAAGCAAAAGAAUGUAAUCGUAAUAUCAGACAAAAUCGUAGUAUCGAACAACUUGUAAAUCAAUUGAACAAAGAACUCAAAGACAAAGGAUUAACUUCUAAUCAUUGGUCACUCGUUACUUUUGGUGGUCGUGGAGUUUACGAUCAACCAAGGAACGUUAUCCUUGAUGGACAAGUUUUUACUAAAAAUGUAAUGCGUUUUAUCGAUUAUUUUGAUCACAUACCAGUUAGUGAUGGUAAUCAAGAUAUAUUCGCGGCUAUUGGUUUUGCUUCGCAAUUAGUAUUUAGAGCUGGAGUUUCAAAAACUUUCAUCUUGUUACCAUGUUCCCAUUGUGAACCGGAAAAUCAAACGUUGGAUUACGCUGUAGUACAUCAAGUAUUGCUAGAACACGAUAUUGUAUUACAUAUAUUGAUGGAUGGUGAUUUUGAAUUUGAAAAAGAAAAACUUAAUAAAAUCUUUUAUGGAUUCGAUGCUAGUAAAUUGUAUACAAAAAAAGAUUCGAGAAUUUUUACAGGCGAUACAGAUUUAAGGAAGCAAGUGAAAUCGAUGAAAAAUGUCUUAGGAUAUUGUACACCACUUUCUUUAGAGACUAAUGGAACAAUAUUCAGUGGAGAUAAAUUACGUUUUGAUAAGCUCGUUUCGAUCAAAAAGUUUGUUACUGUAUUUUCUAAAAGAAUAGCACUAACUGCCAUUCCACGGUCAUGUCAACACUGCGAAUGUACGGCCGAUAAUAAUGGAAUUACCAAAACGGAAUGUAUGCCUUGUGUUUUUCCAACACCUGUUACAGUUGAUUACGAAACAUUUAACUUUAAUGAGACACUGUCAGCUAUGCAACCGUUUGAUUUAGAUUACGGUCAAAUAGAUGUAGAAGAUGAUUGAAAAAAUGUGAAGUGAAAAUGAAUAUAAGUUAAGUAAAACUUAUUCUUUAAAUAAUAUGAGAUAGUUGUCAUUUUGUAUGUAAUU